UGAGUGGUGACCGGCCUGUUGCAGAUGCCUGAGGAAGUGCACCAUGGCGAGGAGGAGGUGGAGACCUUCGCCUUCCAGGCAGAAAUUGCCCAACUCAUGUCUCUCAUCAUCAACACAUUCUAUUCCAACAAGGAGAUCUUCCUGCGGGAGUUAAUUUCCAAUGCGUCCGACGCUUUGGACAAAAUUCGCUAUGAGAGCCUGACAGACCCGUCCAAGCUGGACAGCGGGAAGGAGCUGAAGAUCGACAUCAUCCCCAACCCUCAGGAGCGCACGCUGACCCUGGUGGACACAGGCAUUGGCAUGACCAAGGCUGAUCUCAUUAACAACUUGGGAACCAUUGCCAAGUCUGGCACCAAAGCUUUCAUGGAAGCUCUUCAGGCUGGUGCAGACAUCUCCAUGAUUGGGCAGUUUGGAGUUGGAUUUUAUUCUGCCUACCUGGUUGCUGAGAAGGUGGUUGUGAUCACAAAACACAAUGAUGAUGAGCAGUAUGCCUGGGAAUCUUCCGCUGGGGGUUCCUUCACUGUGCGCGCUGACCAUGGUGAGCCCAUUGGCCGAGGCACCAAAGUGAUCCUGCAUCUUAAAGAGGACCAGACCGAGUACCUGGAGGAGAGGCGGGUCAAAGAGGUGGUCAAGAAGCAUUCGCAGUUCAUUGGCUAUCCCAUCACCCUCUAUUUGGAGAAGGAACGAGAAAAGGAAAUCAGUGAUGAUGAAGCAGAGGAAGAGAAGGGAGAGAAAGAAGAGGAAGAUAAGGACGAUGAGGAGAAGCCCAAGAUUGAGGAUGUUGGCUCUGACGAAGAGGAUGAUAGCAGCAAGGAUAAGAAAAAGAAAACCAAGAAGAUCAAGGAGAAAUACAUUGAUCAGGAAGAGUUGAACAAGACCAAGCCCAUUUGGACCAGAAACCCUGAUGACAUCACCCAGGAGGAAUAUGGAGAGUUCUACAAGAGUCUGACCAAUGACUGGGAAGACCACUUGGCAGUCAAGCACUUCUCUGUGGAAGGGCAGCUGGAAUUCAGGGCGUUACUCUUCAUCCCUCGCCGCGCUCCGUUUGACCUUUUUGAGAACAAGAAGAAGAAGAACAACAUCAAGCUGUAUGUCCGGCGUGUGUUCAUCAUGGACAGCUGUGAUGAGCUGAUCCCAGAAUAUCUCAACUUCAUCCGCGGUGUGGUCGACUCUGAGGACCUGCCUUUGAACAUCUCCCGUGAAAUGCUGCAGCAGAGCAAGAUCUUGAAAGUCAUCCGCAAAAACAUUGUGAAGAAGUGCCUUGAGCUCUUCUCUGAGCUGGCGGAGGACAAGGAGAACUACAAGAAAUUCUAUGAAGCUUUCUCGAAGAAUCUGAAGCUUGGCAUCCAUGAAGACUCCACCAACCGCCGCCGCCUUUCCGAGCUGCUGCGUUACCACACUUCCCAGUCUGGUGACGAGAUGACUUCACUGUCAGAGUAUGUCUCUCGCAUGAAGGAGACCCAGAAGUCCAUUUACUACAUCACUGGUGAGAGCAAAGAGCAGGUGGCCAACUCUGCUUUUGUGGAGCGUGUGCGGAAGCGGGGCUUUGAGGUGGUGUACAUGACGGAGCCAAUUGAUGAGUACUGCGUGCAGCAGCUCAAGGAGUUUGAUGGGAAGAGCCUGGUGUCGGUUACCAAAGAGGGCCUGGAGCUGCCUGAGGAUGAGGAGGAGAAGAAGAAAAUGGAGGAAAGCAAGGCCAAGUUUGAGAACCUCUGUAAGCUCAUGAAAGAGAUCCUGGAUAAGAAGGUUGAGAAGGUGACCAUCUCCAACAGGCUGGUGUCUUCACCCUGCUGCAUUGUGACCAGCACCUAUGGCUGGACAGCCAACAUGGAGCGUAUCAUGAAGGCCCAGGCACUUCGAGACAAUUCUACCAUGGGCUACAUGAUGGCCAAGAAGCACCUGGAGAUCAACCCUGACCACCCCAUUGUGGAAACACUGCGCCAGAAGGCUGAGGCAGACAAGAACGACAAAGCAGUCAAGGAUCUGGUGGUGCUGCUGUUUGAAACUGCACUGCUCUCUUCAGGCUUCUCCCUUGAGGACCCCCAGACCCACUCCAACCGCAUCUACCGCAUGAUCAAGCUAGGCCUAGGCAUUGAUGAGGAUGAAGUGACAGCAGAAGAACCCAGUGCAGCUGUUCCUGACGAGAUUCCCCCUCUUGAGGGAGACGAGGAUGCCUCCCGAAUGGAAGAAGUGGAUUAGGAGCUCCUCGGAACCCUCAUGCUCUCUGUAUAGUGUCUCCCUGGCGCCCUCACAGCCCAGAGUGGCCCUGUCCCGCCUGGUUCCCCUGCUCAUGUCUAGUGGUCGAAUUCUCUCCUGUCUGUUGUCUUAAGGCAGGAAACAAGGGCCUGAAGCCCCACUCCCUCCUUGACAAUGGGGUUGGAUGUUGUGUAUUGUGUUUUUUUUUGUUUUAUUUUGUUCUGAAAUUAAAGUAUGCAAAAUAAAGAUGAUGCUGUUUUAUACA